GGUUGACGUUCAGUAGUCAGUGGCGGCAAACGGAGACAGGUUAACGAGAGCACAACAGUUGUCGCUGCGCUUAUCUCAAAAUGCCGACAUGCAUGACAACCACAUCAUGAUGGAGUGCUCUGCGAACACUCUUCACGUAGUUGUGGACUGGAUGUGCAACGACCAAGACAUCGACAUGACGAAAAGAGAGGGAGGAGGUUCGUACGACACAGCGGCGUUCAAGAAAUUUGUGAGAUCCCAGGCAAGGGAAAAUGAAAAGUUGAAGACAGGGGUUGGUGAAGAAUUGAAGCCGAACGCUGCGGAGAUCUUGGCGCUGAGCAGGAUGAACGACGAGGCACAAAGAGAUCCUGUCGACUACCAUGAACUGGCGACAAUGGUGGUGGACGGUGUCGAGUAUGUGCUACUUGACCAGAUUGUGGACUUCAUGAAGAGUGGAGGCGAGGACAAAAACCUCAUUCACGAGGCAUUGCAUGAGGUGACGGAGGACGCAAUAGCAGCAGAGGAGGUUGUCGAUGUCGAGUGCGUAAAGGAUCGCACACUCGACCUUGUAUCGGGAGAUCCUGUGCCCCGAGGGAACAUAUUCGAGGUUGUAGAGGAGCUCACCGCGGCAUUGACGGACGUGGACAGGAGGAGGAAGAGAAAGCAAGGAUGGGAAAUCGUUGUCCGAGAACAUAAUAGCGCAAGGACACACACAAGAGACAUAACAGUGCAGGACGUAGGUGGUGCAGUAUCUCUCCCGGAUGUGACGACCGUGUUGAAGAAUCCUGUUGCGGAUGCCCGGACUGUCCAUGGCGGAUUCAGAGAGUGGAGAUUGGCAUCCAUACGUCCUUCAGGUGACUUCAACGAAGGGGGUAAACAACCGUCUCGGCAGGGAGAUUAUGAGGUGGUUCGUUCUGAUGACAAGGGCGAUGCGCAGACACGACUGCAGCAAGAGAACCCGGCUUUACGGGACUUGGAGGUGAGUGGCAGUGAUAUCAGCAGCGACGAGGAGGGCGAGGAAUACGACCCUUACUCGGACGUAAAGCGAGGUGGUGGUCAAGCCAUGAAAGGCUGGUGUCAUGCGAUUUUGAGGUUGGCUCGUUAUUUCUCGAAACCGCACCCACGUGUUGUGGACAAGGUGGCAACACCGGACGGGCUUCUACACUUCGCAGCUAUCAAGACGAUUUUGUCGUACAUCGAAACCGGCAAACGUAGAAUGUCACUCAUCACGAGGAACAACACUGACCUAUUAGCAGUGGCAAGAGACGUGACCACGCGAAGAGGGAAACGAUCAAGAACAACACGAAUGCGGACAACAGAAGAGAACAACCCUGGUCGUGAGAGCGUGGCCGACGUCACGAUGGAGAGUAAUCGAGAGAAAACAAUACCGAGGAAAGAAGACCAUGUUGAGCGCGGCGAAGUGGAAAUGCAAAAGUUGGACAAGGGAGCGACGCACACGGAAAAGAGCCCAAAAGCCACAAUGACAGAAGCCAAAGAAACAACAGAGAGGACAGCGGCGAAUUGCAGUACAAUGACAAUGGAGGCUAUGUUGGAGAGAUGGGAGCACCUGUCACGGAAGGACCCGUGGUACAACAGGAUGUACUUGUAUGCGACAAGGGGAACAAUCUGCUCAGCGGACCUGGGACGUUCAGAGUCGUGUGGGAAGACGAGACAGGGAAAGAAGGGCGAGAACACAUCAAGCUCGGCGGACGGGUUGGAGGUUGUUGACGAGUCCAACAUAUAUCCAUUCACAUGGAAAGGCAGAAGGGAGGAGAUUCAACUGGGGGAGACCGAUGUGAUGUGCUUGGCCGUUAGGAACUGGCUCAAUGACAAUGUAAUGGACAUGUAUUUUUUGCAGUCAGUAUACGAAAAGCAAUGUCAAGAAGAGUUGAUAACUAAGCUUGCACAUCCCCCAACACGGAAUGACAUCUCGAAAGACGACGAACUGGAGAUUGUAGAGAAGAUGCACAUCGAUGAAAGAACUAUUCGAGACUUCCGCGUCAGAGCUCUCGAUCGCAUUGCAGAGCGCGCAGCAGCAGCAAAAGGUCACAAGAGUGUUGGUGCACACCGCACGCUAGCUCGUGCGAUUAGAGCGAAGAUAAAAAAAGACGGUGGCGAACUGCCUUAGACAACGGCGCAAGUGGCAUGCCAGCGGGACGAUG